GCGCGGGGGCGGGAGACUGGCCGGGAAGGAAGAGGAACGUCCGUAAAGGCGAGGAGAAGGAUGGAAGAAAGGGUUGGGUGACACAGGCAGUGAGGGUCAGGUCCCGGGGUCGGCACCCCUGUACUGAGAAACUAGCGGCCGGGUCUUGGGACUUCUCCUGUGCUGGUGGGGAAACUGAGGGCCAGAGAAGGGCGGCAGAGUUCCUUCAUACAUGCAGGGCAGUGCGAGAAGAAUGGGCAUCAUGACUGAUGUCCACCGGCGAUUCCUCCAGUUGCUGAUGACUCAUGGCGUGCUGGAGGAGCGGGAUGUUAAGCGCCUGCAGAAGCACUGCUAUGAGGUCCAUGACCGCAAUGCUACUGUGGAGAAGUUGGAGGACUUCAUCAACAACAUUAACAGUGUCCUGGAGUCCUUAUAUAUUGAGAUAAAGAAAGGAGUCACAGAGGAUGACGGGAGACCCUUUUAUGCACUGGUGAAUCUUGCUACAACUUCAGUUUCCAAAAUGGCAACGGAUUUUGCGGAGAAUGAACUGGAUCUGUUUAGAAAGGCUUUGGAACUGAUUAUUGACUCGGAAACUGGCUUUGCAUCUUCCACAAACAUUUUGAACCUGGUCGAUCAACUUAAAGGCAAGAAGAUGAGGAAGAAGGAGGCUGAGCAGGUGCUGCAAAAGUUUGUGCAAAACAAAUGGCUGAUCGAGAAGGAAGGGGAGUUCACCCUGCAUGGCCGGGCCAUUCUGGAGAUGGAGCAGUACAUCCGGGAGACCUAUCCCGACGCCACGAAGAUGUGCAAUAUCUGCCACAGACUCCUCAUCCAGGGUCAAAGCUGCGAAACCUGUGGGAUCAGGAUGCACUUACCUUGCGUGGCCAAGUAUUUCCAGUCGAAUCCUGAGCCACACUGCCCGCACUGUAAUGAUUACUGGCCCCAUGAGAUACCAGAAGUCUUCGACCCUGAGAAGGAGAGGGAGGCUGGUAUCUCCAAGUUGAACAAAAAGUCCUUGCGGUACAGGCAGCAUUAGCUGAUGUAUCCUGCUGAAGGGCUCACCGCCUUCGGUGACCUGGGCUAUGCCACCCAGUCUGGAUGAGACUCGUCAGCGUUUCAGGCUGCACAUGAGCCACCUCCCUUGCUCUUUAUGUUUGUUAGUGACAGGUUUGGAAUAAAAGUAUUCAAAGGAG